AUGAAUAAAUUUUUAAUUACAUUAGCAAGAAUACCAAAAUGUCAACCAAGAUUUGGUUUUGCAGAUAUUUUGAAGGACAAAGAUAAAGGAGAUGAGACAGUUUAUUUUACAAAAGAAGACUGUAUAUAAUUAAUACAAUUUAUUAGAAAAGUUAAUGUCAAAAUUACUCAAGAAAAUGAAAGAGAAUAAUGAUAAAUAGAAAUCAUCAUCAAGUAAUGAAAAAGAAGACAAAGAAGAUUUGCAAGUAUUAAUAUUAAAUUAAUAUAGAAAAUAUUAUCCAGAUAUAAGAUUAAUUAUACUGAUGCAUUGAUUGAUGAAGUCUUAAAUUGGAAAAAAGGAGAUUGAUCUAUAUAAAAUAUAUAAAAUUAAAA